CAGAAUAUGUACCCGCGAAGUGAGAGAAGGAAAACACACGUGUUGUAGAUCGCUGUAAUUCAUCGGAGAAUGACAUUUUGUGAUUGUGUUUAGAGCACUAAUAAGAAGAUGGGUGUCUAUUUGUCCUCGCCAAUUACAGACAAAAUAUCUAUCGACAACUCGUGCAAAAACUUUAGAUAUGGAGCAUCAUCCAUGCAGGGAUGGCGAAUGACUCAAGAGGAUGCCCACAAUUGCUUGCCAGAUUUUGAAGAAGGAAAGGAUGGAGCUUUCUUUGCUGUGUAUGAUGGACAUGGUGGUGCUGAGGUUGCCCAGUACUGUGCGAUGCAUUUUCCUGACUAUGUGAAGAAGGUGGAUGCCUACAAAGAAGGAAAUGUCAAGCAGGCUUUGGAAGAUGCCUUCCUACAGUUUGACAGCACUCUGAUUGAGGAGGGUGUUGUGAAGGAGCUUAGAGCCCUUGCUGGUGACGACGAUCGCAAUGCUGAAGAGGAGGAAGAUGGUGCUGUGCCGGUUGGCAAGACAGAGGCAGACCUGUUGCGCCAGGAAGCGAAUAUGCCUCUUGAUGAACUGUUGUCAAAAUAUGAAACCGCACCUCCAGGCGCAGGACCACUCAGAGACAUCCGCAAACAGCAGGGAGAGAAAGUUCUCUCCCCUUCCAUCAGACCCAAGAAGAAAAUAUUCGGGGAUGAGACCGAGGAAGCCGAUUCCUCGGUGAGGAGCGGCCAGCUACUCGGUGAUGGUGACAGUAGAGAGAACAAUGCAAACAACAGUAGUGAAGACUCUAAUGUUAAUAACAGCAGUGUGUCCCGGUGUCCUAUGUCUGCUAACAUAGAGGACAAGCUAAUCAAUGGACAUGCGGACAAUGAGAACAAUCUGAACAAAGAGAAGGAGAUUCAGGAUAGUUUGAACCAGCAGCAGAGGGGGCCCACUGGAGGGGGAGCACAGCGGUGCGAGGAGGCAGUGUCCUCGUCCUCCAGUAUUGAUGGAGUAGAAGAUGGUGCUCAGAGAAAGGAAGAGAGUGAUGGACAAAUUACGUCUCAGUCCACUGAUCGAGUGGUGUCACAAUCCAGUGAUCGGACCACAAGCUCUGUGCCUGGGGAGGCAGAUGCUUGCCAGGUGAAGGCAGCAGAUAGUGGUAGUUCCUCUGCUGGCAGUUCCUCCAGCUCAGGGGGUUGUUCUAGUUCGGCAGGGAGUUCAUCAAGUUCAGCUGGCGCUGGACCUGGACCUGGACCGUGCUCCAGUUCCGUAGAUGAGCCGUGUACGUCCGGCAGUGGUGGAGCAAGCAGUAGUGGCAGCAAUGUAGAUGGGGAGCCUGGGCCUAGUGGCAGCGGCAGCAGCAGCGGUCGUAGUCCUGGCGGCAUCUUGGAGGCAGACAGUGAAGAUGAUGAUGCUGAUGAGGAUGAUGAAGAAUAUGAGGAAGAGAGCGAUGAUGAGGAGGAAGAAGAAGAGGAGGAGGAAGAAGAAGAUGGGGAGGAGGGAGAGGGAGGGUACAUAAACAACCCUUCUAUGGACAUGACAAAUGAAGAGCCAGGCUCUGACAGUGGUUGCACUGCCUGUGUUGCGCUGCUGCUGGGGAAGGAGUUGUAUGUUGCCAAUGCUGGAGACUCCAGAUGUGUGCUGAGUCGAAAUGGAAAGGCUGUUGAUCUGUCGUUUGAUCACAAACCAGAGGAUAUACCAGAGCGAACUCGUAUUGAAAAGGCUGGAGGGAAGGUCACCUCAGACGGGAGAGUUAAUGGAGGCCUUAAUCUUUCCAGAGCUCUUGGGGACCACUUCUACAAGAGGAACCAUGAACUGUCUCUCAGAGAGCAGAUGAUCACAUCUCUGCCUGACAUCCUCGUCACAACGCUACAGGAGGAGGACGAGUUUAUGGUGCUUGCCUGUGAUGGAAUAUGGAACUUCAUGUCAAGUCAGGAGGUGGUUGACAUGGUUAGGCAGAAGCUAAGUGAUCCAGUCAAGAGAGAAAAACCUUCCCUUGUGUGUGAAGAGCUGUUCGAUUACUGUUUGGCGCCGAAUACAUUUGGUGAUGGUACUGGUUGUGAUAACAUGACCUGUAUAAUUGUGACAUUCAACAAGUCGCAAGAUGACGCCUCAGUGCAGAACAAUAAACGAUGUGCCAACGAGAUGGAGUCUUGCAGUAGUGAUGAGAAACUAGGCGAAAAGAAAGCUAAAGUGGAACCUGAAAGCACUCAUGAAGACAUGUGAUCUUGGGGUCUUUUAACUUAUUGUAGCCUUGUAUAUGUCCUCCUCCUCUUUUAAGAUAAAUGCAUUGUACAUUUGAUUUAAGCUCCAGGAAACCUUGUUUCUUUUGUUGAUAUGACACAAUUUGCGCAUUUGGCCGAUAUCAGAAUGCUGUUUAAAACCUGCAGAUUUUGAUGUCAAUAGGAUUGAGAAUGAGACCAGAUUGUUUGUUUUUCAUGGUUUCUGAAACGUUUUAUAUGAAUAUAAAGAUUAUAAAAGAUCGUUUCUGCCCUGUUUCUUAAGCGUGUAGCAAGAAGAUUAAAAAUCGAAGAAUUUGAACUGCAAAGUUUUUUACCAGAAGUUGUCAGUGAAGGAUGACUCUAAAGUAUGUAGUAUAAAUCAUUGUUGACACAGUAAUGUUGCAGUUGACAAAUGAUAUAUAUAGUGAACCCAAAACUUAGGACUCAUGAAUAUUUUGGGGAGUAUAUUUAUAAAAUUGCGUGCUCAGUCUACACUAAAAAAAUAUCCCCCUUAAUUAUUCCUGAUCCCAAACUUUUUACUUCAGUAUAUACUGAAACACACUGAAAACACAUAAUCAACUUUAACUGAUGAAUAAACGAUUUUGGCAGUACGUGUUGAAAUGCGUCAAAUGAGAUUCGAAGCCAUAUGACAACAUUGUUGUUUAUCUAAACCUGAUAACCAAGAAUAACUAUUCUAUUUUUGUGGCUAUUUUGCCAAAUAUAAUAUAAAUUUGAAUAUGCGUUUUCAAAGUGUGUUGUUAACUUGUAACGUCGUACUGUAUGUCCCACUUCAUUCCUGUGUGAUGAAAUAAAUUGACUAUUCAGAAAACCAUGAUGUAUAAAAAACCUGGCCUGAGUCUUAUUGAAAGGUACACAGUUCUAUCCAACUAAUGUUUGGCACCUUUCGGCAUUUCAUAUAUUCACUUGAAUGUUCUUCUAUUUCAAAAGCAAUAUUGUCAGAGUGAAAUAUUUUGUCUUGUACAUGUACUAAGUUUGAAAUAUUCCCUCUUAAUUGAUCGCUUGUACUUUUGAGUAUUAAUGUUAGUAAACAACAUACGUGAAAUAAUAAAUAAGCGGGAUAGUUUUGAAUAUGUAAUAUUUCACCGAACACUGAAAAUGAGUAGAAAAGAGAUUAAAACAACAUAAAUGAUAUAUUUUUCCAUCCAUCUUGACAUUCUUAAGAUCAGUGUUGCCAUUGUAUGCUGGACGUUUGUGGAUUGAAUUGUAAACACUUCUAGGGUUUCAUUAUCCUCCAUACUGUAUGAUUUCGAAGAACUUGUGAAUGAUGUCCUAUUUGGAUGUAUUUUGUGCAUAACUCAUUGUGAAUAAUCAUUGCUUGUGUUCAUUACAAUCCACUAUGAAUUGUAUUUGUUGUGAAAAGUUCAUCUCAUAACUGGCAUGAAAUGCCCUAGUCGGAUCAUCCAACUGAACUACUACCCGGUGACGGAUGUUCAGUGAGUGCAUUGACAAUGUUCAUAGCUGUAGAGUAGACUUUGGUGUGUUCUUAUGACUGGUCGUCCUCCAUACAUACCCGCCAAAUAUCUGACCUCACAUUAAAGUGAACCAAU